UGUGCUCAAACAGUAGCUUGGCUACCGUUCCUCAUCGAGACAGAGAAUUUGUUCCAACAUUUCCAGUGCUCCCACAUCUCCGUCAUAGCCUUGGUCAGCCAUCUACCACUGCCAGCGCUCUUGUUCUCCAAAUGGAGCAUGAGCGGGAGAGAGGAAACCUUAGUCACUGCCUGAAACUGGCUCAAGAGAGGGAGGAGCUGGAGAGGGAGCUCCAGCGGUACACGCUAGAGAGAAACUCCUUGAGAGAAUUCAGGAGGGAACAGUUAGAAAUGGACGAGAGAGAGGCUGACACUUAUGAUCAUAUGUGGGAAUAUAAGAGCAGCACACUGCCUCACAGAUUACCCCAAGGCAGUAAGGAGAGCUUUGCUCUCUCACAGAGCCCUUUCUCUUCAUCAUGUUUGCACUGGGAUGUCUGCUCUUUUGUAUCCCCUUCCACUCAAACCCCUACCCAAACCUGUUUCAAUGAGUCGUUGCCUCAAAGUGCCUCUUGUUUUCAGUCAAGUAACCAUCAUCAUGCCCCAUCGUUCACCCAACAAGCUGCCAUACAAUCUCAGGAGGCAGGCAGCCUUUCCAAACACCGAUUAACACUCCCACAUCUGUCCCCAAAGCACCAGGGACAUAAUAGGGUACAGGCAGCACCAGAGGGCUAUGAUAAUUCACCACAAUCCACAUUCUUACAAAUGCAAACAUAUGACACAUGCUCCGAGGCACGGAUGCAGAGCAGCCUCAGUCGUGGCAGCCUUUCAGCGUCAUCUCUCCAUAGCAAUAAAUACACAGGAAGAUUUAUUUCUGCUCCAAAUGCAGUGCCAGACUCUUCAGAGGUGGAGGUAGUGUUCCCUGAGCCCACUCAUAAGGAUGUGUGCAUUGAGAUGAGUGUGGAUGAGCCAGAGCUGGACAUAUGUAUCAUGCAACCUAGAAAGCCCAUGCUGCACCACAGAAUCGCCUCUCAUGUACAACAAAGGCACUCGCUCACUCCCAGAGGCCGAUUCAAAGACAUUAGUAGGAGUUCGAGCUUUAACUGCCACAGUCCUGCUCCUGUGGCUGAUAAAAUCAGUGUCCCAGCUUCUUCACAACCAACACUCAGUAAAGCUGCGACCCCAGGCUCUAAAACCUGGGACUCCAAGCGGCGAAGUCACAGCCUUGACUCAAGGAGAAAGAAAGAGAGCAAUUUCCUGACUCCUGAUGCUUGGAUAGACUCUCUAAGCCAAGAGAACUGCUCUGUUGCUUCUUCCUUACGACCACACUCUCUGUUUUUGGAAACCUUGAGCUCUCCAGCCAGGGAGAUUUCCAAAUCCCCCGUGAAUCCUCCAUCUGCUGCCCAAGCUGCCUCCCGUUUACCUCCCACUGCGGAUGCUUUGUCUCCAAGGCCCAGCUCAAAUCUCGAUGCGAGUUGUCACUUUGAGCCAAGAGAAGAGGCAUCCAUCCUUACAGAAUCUGCCAAAUGCACAGUCCCAUACCAGGAGUCCAUGACACAGGCUGAAGGUUCCUUGGAGGCCAUGAAAAAAGCUCCAACAUGUCAUCAGCCAGAUAACAAUGACCGAGAGCCUCUAGAACUAGAGGCAGGAGGCUAUGAUGGAGUGCCAGAGUCAGGGGGCAGCUAUAGCAGCUAUGCCAGCAGUGGCCGGGGAAGUAUGGAGCCAGCUAACGGACGUCUUUCUGUGUGUCAGCUUUCCCCAACUCUUAGCAGCUCACCGGAGACUGUGGAAGAGAGCCAAGGGAGCACAGAGGACAAACACAGUCUCCAAAUGCAACAAGACAAAAGGAGAAAGGCCUCAGUCGAUGAAAAUUAUGAGUGGGAUGCUGCUGAUUUCUGCUCACAGCCUGGAGAACAUGAUGGCUUGCUGUCUUCAUUGAAUCUUCUGAAACCUUCUCAGUGCUGCAGCCUUCCCAGCAUGCAAUUCUCCACGAAGGCACUGCAAAAUUACACACAGCUCUCUUUGCUCCCAGGGCAUCAAAGCAGCUGCUCUGCUGAGCCAGAACCAGACACCGUGCUGUUCUGACAGCAGCUGCCUUUGGCUCAUCUCACCUAGUGUGUCCUUUAACUUAUUGACUCGCAUCACAAAGCGACAAAAAGUGUACGUGGCAAAAAAGGGAGCUCUUGUCUGAUCAAUCUGUGUCCCCUUUCAAACCAACAAAAGGCCAAAGUACAGAGCAGAUUUUUUUAAAGGGUAUGUGGCUAAGUCCCUUUGUUUAAAAUCACUUGGAUGUUUUUCUAAAGAAAAUUCAAGUCAAAGAAAGAAAGACACAUCAUCUUUAUCCUUGUGCAGAGCUUGGAAACUCUGUUUUUCUUCAUGUCCGAUCCCUAUCACACUCUUGACAUUUUAUGCAUUCAUACUUCAGCUUGUCAGUCUGUCGAUAUCAGAGCAUUUGCUGUGAUGAUGGUUUCACCACAUUCUGCGUGUGCGCUGCUGCUAUGCAUUCAUCAUCCAGGAUGACUCACUGGCCACACAAGGGACGAAACCAUCUCAGUCAUCAUGAAGUGACUGCAUUAAGCC